AUGAACCAGGGCGAUGGUGAUGAUGACGACGGCAGCGACAAUGCGGCGAUGACGAUGCGGCAACAACGAUGCGCCAACGAUAACACGGCGACAACGAUGCGACAACGACGCAGUAACAACGACAAUGAUGUCGACGACGACAGCAGCGACAAAGACACAUUCAUCUUCACUUACAAGACGGAAGAGAUAAUUCCCCAAUCAAGUUCUGAUGGUGACAAUAUGGUGUUCUUAUGGGAACUUAUAAGUGACCUCGUCAGGGUGGAGCAGGGUUGGUGGACCAAAGAUCCAACUGAAGUAUGGCGGUUCUUCGUGGCAUCAGACCGGCUUAGCAAAGAAAUGAAGAUAAAAGAAGGCGAAACACUGGCGGCUACGAAAGAGAAGGUGCGGAAUGAGCUCCACAUCGACUCCGAAUCGAGGACAUCAAGCUCACGUACCAGAUGCCGGAGUGGAUGGACGUCGACGGCAGUAUCAAACCAGUGCCGAUUCACAUCCGCACCAACGACGACCUGGACAUGUUUCUGGCUAUGA